AAGCUCCACCUUUUUCCCGCAAACAAAACAAAAUUAGAAAAAGAAAAGAAAAACCCAAAAAGGAUCCACCUCGAAAUUCACCAGCACAGGAGACGCCGUCGUUCUAAACGCCGGCGCCUCCGCAUCCACCCCUCGUCUGAACGUUCAAGAAAAAUACCUUAACCAUGAAGCGAGGCUUCAGCUUUUCCAUGCCCGUAACCGUCGUCAUUUCGGCCAUCGCUUUCAUUUACUUUUGUACGGUCUUCAUUUUCAUAGACCGCUGGUUCGGUCUAAUGACCUCUCCUGGUAUCAUGAACGCUGUCGUUUUCACUGGUGUUGCAGUCACGUGUGUGCUUAAUUACGGCUUUGCAAUCUUGACGGAUGCGGGUCGGGUCCCGUCUUCUUUCAUGCCUGACAUCGAAGAUUCCGAAGUUCCUAUGCAUGAGAUCAAACGCAAGGGAGGGGACUUGAGAUAUUGCCAAAAGUGUUCUCACUUUAAACCUCCUCGUGCACAUCACUGUCGUGUUUGCAAGAGAUGCGUUCUAAGAAUGGACCACCAUUGCAUUUGGAUAAAUAAUUGUGUCGGCCAUGCCAACUACAAGGUCUUCUUCGUCUUCGUUGUAUACGCUGUAAUUGCUUGCAUCUAUUCUCUGGUUUUACUUGUUGGCAGCCUAACUAAUGAUUCCGAAAAUGAUGAGCAGCAAAGGGCAGACACUUUCAGGACUGCAUAUGUUAUUUGUGGACUGUUGCUAGUCCCCUUAAGUGUGGCUUUAAGUGUUCUCCUGGGAUGGCAUAUCUACCUCAUUUUGCAAAAUAAGACCACAAUCGAGUACCACGAAGGGGUGAGAGCUAUGUGGCUUGCAGAGAAAGGAGGGAAUGUCUAUAAGCACCCAUAUGAUCUUGGUGCCUAUGAAAAUCUAACAACGGUGUUGGGUCCAAGUAUCUUCUGCUGGAUAUGCCCCACAUCGAGCCACAUUGGUAACGGUCUCCGCUUUCGAACAGCCUACGAUGGCAAAUCUGCUGCGUCAAUAUCGGAAUGAGGUUUCAAUUAUGUUUUUUGACAUUGCGUUGGCAAUAACAAAAGUUUGGGAUGCUUGAGGGAUUUGAUUAAUGCUUACCUCGUGAUAAGAUCUGGUAGUCCCUAGCAUGUAAGCUGUCUCCUCGCAGUAGUCCAGGAAAGAGAAAUUAGGAAAAACCAUUCAUCACUAUCUGGCAACAGUAAGUCAGGAUUGCUUUGGAAGCUGUUGCUGCAAGUAAUUGAUAAUGGAUGAGGAUGUCAAAAGGUCCCUUGUCAAUAACCAGGCAAAGCAAUUAGAAAUAGGAUUGGUGGGGUUUUACUCUUCUUUUACCUCCUCCCCUUUUUUGAGUUUCCGGUUGUAGGGAGGGUCACAGCUAGGUUUUUUUUUUUUUUUUUAAAUUUUUUACACCUUGUCCAGGAAGAGGGCAUCAAUGUAGGAGUGAUCAUGCAAAUCAACAGAUACAACUGUAUCACUCAUGUAAAAGAGCUGUACAAUCCUUGUAACUCUAAACACAAACACAAGUUUUGAUGACAUUUCUGUUUCUCACAGUGUUCUUUUUGUUUUAUCAAUGGAAUCAGCCUUCCCCUU